AUGAAAUUCCCCGUGGUGGUUGGUCUUGGCGUGGACAUCACUCGGAUUCUGCGCUUUUCCCGUCUCCUCUCCCGUCCUGACUCCGCCCGCUUUCUUCAGCGUGUGCUUCACCCGACCGAAAACGACAAGUUCAAUCGUCUCGAGCUAUCUUCAAGGCCGCAGUUUGUGGCCGGAUGCUGGGCUGCCAAGGAGGCUGUGUUCAAGACUUUGGACGCCGAGGACCAGAAGGUUUUCCUGUUCAAUCUGUGGAGCCGCCGCACGGUGGGACAGAAACCGGAAAUCGUGAACGACGCCCAUCUCGAUAAGUUUUUGUUGUCGAUUUCCCACGACGAUGAUAUUCUUGUGGCAACUGUGCUCCGGCAGAGACUCAUUGAAACAUAG